AUGUUUCUCCGUCGAAGCGCCGUCCUCUUCAUACUCUUCACCCUAGCAGCCGCCUCUUUAGUCGCCGGUCAGAACUCCACCUGUCCUCUCGAGUUCUCCGUCCUCCAGCCCUUCCGGCGUCCGAGACCUGAUGGCGCCACCACCUGCCAGUACCUCCUCCAAGGCUUACGGCUCCUCUACUCUGAGCACCUCCGGAAGACUGGUUCUUUCCUUCCGCCGCCCGAUUCGGCUGCCUCUUGCUGGGCUGCUUUGCAGUCCUCCAUCGCCGGAUUUCUCCCUGGCUUCGAUGUCCGAUCUAGAUGUGGUUUUCAGACGCCGUGGAUUUCGCAGGGGUGCAUGGACAUCACCACAAGGUCUCAGUUCGAAUCCCUAAUCCCUAAUUCCACUCUGACCACCGCCGUGAUGCGCUGUAACCUCUCUCUGGAGAGCAACACCCCUUGCGCCUCCUGCACUCAGAGCUUGUCCGCGUUUCAGGCCUAUCUGUCCGGACCUUCUCUCGGAAAUGUCUCCGAUUGCGCUGCUUUCCCGUCUAUUUACGCCGCUGCUUACGCCAACGUGUACGGCCCCACCGAUAAAGGUACUGCGAAAUGCCUUUUUCAGCUCGAUCUUGCUUCUAGUAGCUCCGGGAAUGGCAAGAAAUUGAAAAAUAUACUAGCUUCGUUAUCUGUCUUGUUGCUUGUCGCCUUUACUUUGAUCACGGCUUGGUUCUGGUACUACCGGAGGAAAAGGAAAGACUUGAAGCGGAGAAUGAUGAGGCGGCAGAGGGAUAGCUUAGAAGCGGGUACUCGAUCUAGGCUAGACUCCAUGAGCGAGAGCACCACUCUUGUCAAAUUCACUUUCGAAGACAUCAAGAAAGCCACCAACAAUUUCUCGCGUCACAACAUCAUAGGCAGGGGAGGCUACGGGAACGUCUUCAAAGGCGUCUUGACAGACGGCACCGAAGUUGCUUUCAAGAGGUUCAAGAACUGCUCGGCUAGUGGGGACGCUAACUUCGCUCAUGAAGUCGAGGUCAUUGCGAGCAUACGCCACGUCAAUCUUCUGGCCCUCAGAGGCUACUGCACGGCGACUAGUGCGUAUGAAGGUCACCAGAGGAUCAUAGUGUGUGAUCUUGUGAGUAACGGUAGUCUUCACGACCAUCUAUUUGGAGACUUGGAGACUCAGCUUGCCUGGCCUCUGAGGCAGAGGAUCGCUCUUGGGAUGGCCAGAGGACUGGCUUACCUACACUACGGCGCACAACCCUCGAUCAUCCACAGGGACAUCAAGGCCAGCAACAUUCUCUUGGACGACAGGUUUGAGGCCAAGGUUGCUGAUUUCGGGCUGGCCAAGUUCAACCCCGAAGGAAUGACGCAUAUGAGCACAAGGGUCGCAGGCACAAUGGGAUACGUAGCGCCAGAGUACGCACUGUACGGGCAACUGACAGAGAAAAGCGAUGUGUACAGCUUUGGGGUGGUGCUCCUAGAGCUUCUAAGCAGGAGAAAGGCGAUUGUGACUGACGAGGAGGGGCAGCCUGUGUCGGUGGCAGACUGGGCGUGGUCGCUGGUGAGAGAAGGGCAGACGCUGGACGUGGUGGAAGACGGGAUGCCGGAGAAGGGAUCUCCGGAGGUUCUGGAGAAGUAUGUGCUAAUAGCAGUGCUGUGCUCUCACCCUCAGCUCCACGCAAGACCAACAAUGGAUCAAGUGGUGAAAAUGCUGGAGAGUAAUGAGUUCACUGUUAUCUCUAUACCACAGCGCCCGAUCCCUCUGGUGGCAUGUAGGGAAGAGAUUGACCGCUCUGUUAGCAGCAGCAGCGGCUCUGGGAAGCUGACUAGCCCCACGGGGUAUCAGGCCUUCUCCUUUGGAGCUGAUGGACCCGAACACAACAAAUAG